AUGGACGCACAUGCGCUACUCUCCUCUCAAGGAUGGCGAGGUACCGGCCACUCCCUCCACAAGACCGACGACUCGAUCGGACUCGCGAAACCUCUACUUCUGAAUCGCAAAGACAAUACCAAAGGCCUGGGUCAAAAACAACACUUCACCAGUGAUCAAUGGUGGAUGAACGCAUUCGACGAGCAACUUAAGGGUAUCGACACUUCUAAGAAGGGAAAGGUGAUACAGACCAUCACCACCGGCAAGCUCAACGUUAUUGAGAAGAACCUUGGAAAAUACUCUGUCUAUUCGACUUUUGUCCGAGGAGGAUUCCUCGAAGGAACAAUAGACAGGCUCAACAUCAAUGACUCGAGCGCAGACUCGUCGGAAACGGAUUCAAGCAACCAGAAAGACUCGAGCAAGUCUGACAAGGAGAAGCCUCGAAAAGAAACCAAGGAAGAGAAGCGAGCCCGAAAAGAAGCAAAGAAACAGCGCAAGGAAGCACGUGCUGAAAAGAGAGCUGCAAAGUCUGCGCGUCGAGAACUCAAGAAGGCAAAGAAAUCAUCCAAAUCAUCCAAGUCAUCGGCCGAAUCUAGCGACGCAGACGAGGAGAAGCGACGGCGACGUGCAAAGAAGGAAGAAAAGAGAAGACAAAGAGCAAAGGAAGCUGGAAAAUAG